AUGGGAGGCUUAUUGCAUCUCUUCGACUUCCACAACAACAGCUUCUCCCGGAAAGUUUUCUCCCAUCACAAAAGCCGCGACGAAGAUCUGGAAGCUCCAAGGAAUAGUUUUGAGCUCCAAGUUGACAAUUUUCAGUCUUACCAUAACGAGAAAGACAUACCGCAGAGUUAUGGAUAUGAGGAAGAGGAAUGGUACGAGAGAAGCUGUUACCCAAUUGAGGAAUCAAUGAAGAAGAAGAUCAUUGAGGAGCUCUCAAAACGUACCAACGACAAACAACAGAACACACCGAGUCUUGUAGCUAAGCUUAUGGGAAUGGAGUCAACUCCUCUAGAGUCUACUAAAUCAACGGCUUGGAUCAAUCUCAAUCUUCAUCGUCACUCUACUAAAUCGGAUCAAUCUCAUGAGAAAGGAGGGAAAAGAAACAGGAAAGGCAAGUUCUCUUCAUCAGUGAAUGUAACAGAGGCAGAGGAGAUUAUGAAUCCACCAAUGCGUCGAGAACAUCCUCAAGAAGAAGAGCUUCAGAGAUUCAGAAGAGAGUUUGAAGCUUGGCAAGCUGACAAAAGGUCUAAAGACUGUUCAAGAAUCGUCAUUGAAUCAGACUGCAAAGAGAAAGAGAGGCUCUUCACAAGAACUAGAAGCUUUGGUCGUGAUUUUAACUUGAAAACAGAAAGAGCAGCUCCUCCUCCUCCAACAAGGAUUGUGGUUUUGAGACCAGGUCCUCAGAGAGUGUAUGAAUACGAAGAUUCGUUAACUACUUCUUCAGGAACAACCAUGGAAGGAAGCAGAGGAAGCAGCAUUGAGGAGUUUCUUGAAGAAGUUAAAGAGAGGUUGAAAGGUGAGCUUCAAGGAAGAGCUCUCAAGAGAAGCUCAUCGGUGAGAGGAAGCGGGAUCGAGACUCCUUUCAGCGAAAGACCUUUCCCUAGGUCUGAAUCGAUGAGAUCAUACGCCGCGAGUGAGGUCCAGUGCAAUGCACCAGACUCUCCUCAAGAGUUUAUAAGUAGAGACACAAGAAAGCUUUUGGCAGAGAGGUUGAAGAAUGUUUUGAGGAAAGAGAUGACUCCUUCUUCAUGUAGUAGCCGCUUGCGACCUACUGUAUCUGAUGCAGAGAAACAAAGUGAUGGAAUCGAUGAAGAAGAAGAAGACUUGAGAACAAACAGAGAUGUUACUAAGAAAGAGACUUCAUCGCCAAGAAAUCUCAAAAGAUCUUUAUCUGCUCCUGUCUCAGGGACAUCGUUUGGUAAGCUUCUGUUAGAGGAUCGGCAUGUUUUGACUGGAGCGCAGAUCAUGAGGAAGCACGAGGCUGUGAUAACAGAGCGAGAAGAGACAGAAGCAGAAGCAGAAACAGAACCAGCUGUUGUGGAUCCGAUUAGGAGGAAAGAAAGAUUCAAUCUCAGGAAGAAAGUCUCAAGCUUUAGAUCAACUCUUAGAGGGAGAAUCUUUGGUAAGAAGAUACGUUCGAUGAUUGAAUCAAACAGCUUCGAGGAUGAAUCAAUCAAGGAUUUUGUGACGGGUUCGAGGUUUAACAACUUUUACGAUCGAAAUGAGAAUUCAACAGAAGUGCCUCCAAGCCCUGCAUCAGUCUGCAGUAGUACACCAGAAGAGUUCUGGAGGAAUGUCGAUUAUCUCAGCCAGAUUUCGACACCUGAUGUGACUGUAUCUGAUGAGAACGGUAUGCCACAAGUCUUCAGAGACAUCAGUUCCAAUCUAAGUGAACUAAGAAGGCAGAUAAAUGAGCUUGACUCUGACAUACAAGUGCCAACGCCUGUGGAAGAAGAAGCAGCUCGAGAGAUUGAGACCAUUGUUGAUUUAGGAAAUCCAGACAAAGUUUUUGUGAGAGAUCUUCUUGUGGCUUCUGGUUUGUAUGAAGGGACAACAGAUAGAUCAUUGUCUAGAUGGGAUCCAUUUGCCAAGCCUAUAAACAAAUCUGUUCUUGAAGAAACAAAAGAGAAUAUCAAGAAAAGAAGCAAUGAGAAUCAAGAAGACGAAGAAGAUAUUGAAGAGAGUACAAGAAGUGAAGAUAAUCAUGACAUACUGUUUGAUCUUCUGAACGAAGUACUUACUGUGGUGCUUGGACCAUUGACAAAGUCAGCUUUCAAGAAGAAAUUUAUUAGCUCGUGUGUGUCUGAGCCGACGACUAUACGAGGUAUAUAUCUGUUGGAAUCAACUUGGAGGAUCAUGUCGGAGUAUUUAUAUUCUCAGCCGGAUAAACCAUUUUGUUCAUUGGAUGGGAUUAUUGGUUGGGACUUGGAGAGGUGUCCAUGGAGUGGUUUGAUUGGUGAAGAAGUUAAUGUGUUGGGGAGAGAAGUUGAAAGUAUGAUCAUGGCGGAUCUUGUUGAUGAAGUUGUCAAGGAUCUAGCUAAGAACUUAAGAUAA